AUGGAGUUCGAAUUUAAUAUAAAAGAUGUGGCUACUGAAGAGGUGCUGAAGAUUGACAACACGCUGACACCUUUGGGACACGAACAAAAUGACGAGUUGAAAGACAAAAUUAAACUGAUCAUCGAUGAGAUGGGCAAAGCUUCAGCUGUCGCUCAAGAGUUGAAGUCGCCUGUCACCAGCGCCAACAAGCUGGCCAAUUCUGAUCACAUCCUCUACAUGAUGACUGAACACAAUAAACCAGAACAUUUCAGUGUUGUUGGGAUUUUAAAGAUGGGAUGGAAAAAAUUGUACCUUUAUAACAAAGCGGGUUCGCGGUCAGAAGCGAUGGUCUACUGUUUGUUAGAUUUCUACAUACAUGAGUCAAAACAGCGUAAAGGUUAUGGAAAACGUUUAUUACUAUGCAUGUUACAGGAUAUAAAUUUAGCAGCCAAACAUUUAGCUAUUGACAAGCCAACUAAGAAAUUAUUGCAGUUUAUGUGGAAGCAUUUCCAAUUAUCUAAAUUGGUAAACCAAGGAAAUAAUUUUGUAAUAUAUGAGGAAUUCUUUGAUGACACAUCCGAUGAAAAGAAUCAUGACGAUAGUGGAUAUAGAGCUGUAUCUUAUAAGCAACAGCCAAUGUUUGGACGACAUGGUGCUCAUAAGCAUCACGAUACGAUGGGCGAGAUAGUACAAGGUGAAGGUGAUGCUGCAUUUGUGAAGUUCAAGUACAAUCAUGACACUGAUUUUGUGGAUAAUCAGUUCAAAGAAGUGAAUCCACAUCCUGAAAAUGCUAAUGUAUUCAAAACUGACAGCGAUGGAAAUUCCGUAAAACGUGAUCUUAAAUUUCAUCAUAACUCUCUAUGGUAAUCAAAACUAACAAUGUAUCCUAACAUAAUUAUUGUACUCUGUUCCAAUUCACAUGCACAUGCAGAAAUACGAAUAUAUAGAUAUUUUUGUUUUAACAGCUUAACCUAAAGGCAACUUCCAAAUAUUAUACUCUCACAUACUAUACUUUAAUAAUAAUCAUUAAUAUUUUUUGUGAGAACUUAUUUUUAUUUUAUUUAUGUAAUAGUCUAUUUACUGCUAACUAUGAUGCUACUAACUAUUUUGAGUUCUACAUUCUAACAAGGCUGAUUAUAUUGUUUAAUUUUCUUCUUUUUUUUUUUUGUAUUGAGCUGU